AUGUAUGGAUGGGCCCAUACAAUAGCACCACCUAUAUGGAUAUGCAGGGCCGAUAUGAGUAAGCGAUAUAUAGGGAUGGGCCCAGACAGAUUUGCUGCCGAGGUGAACGACUGGGCCCAUGCAACCUAUAGGAUGGGCCCAGACAAAUGUGCUGCUGAGGUGAAAGACUGGGCCCAUACAACCGUACAACUUAUAUUAAUUAAUAGUAGGGCCGAGAUGACAGACCGAGAUAUAGGGAUGGGGCCAACUGCCAGUGCUGCUGAGUUAGACUGUUGGGUCAGCAAUAAUACCACCGUGAUCCAAGAGCUUAGAAUAUCUUUCCUCCGGAAUACCUGGGAUUGUUUCCUACCGAGAUACAUAAUCAGCCAAUACGGAAGAAUGCACCCACGGUCAAAUUUGGAUAAAAACUAUCAAACCAUACACAUAUGUACUACCGAGAUCACGGUGCAGCCGGCUAUGCAGGACCUGUUGAAGGGUAUCUGCAGUUACAAAAACCGAAGAAGUUCUUCAACAAGUCCUGCACCCGAACUAGAAAACACCGGUAGCAGAACUACAAAUGAAAUGGUAUUAAUGAGCGCAUGGCAAGGAAUGACAUGUAAAUGA